CCGCAAUCGUGGCUCUACGUUCUUCUUCAGCCUUGCACUUAGCGUCAAUUGCUACGCAGUCACGAACAGCGACGUCUAAGCCCUCUUCAACAGCUAGACUACGUCAGAUCUCCAGAGCCUUCGCCUCAAGUAGUGUCUCAAACAUGGCCCCCAUCACCAAGAAGCCGGCGGAAGACGUGAAGUACGACUACCUUUGCAUAGGAGGUGGAAGUGGUGGUGUCGCGUCCUCACGACGUGCUGCUUCCUACGGUAAAAAAGUCGCUCUCGUCGAAGUAUCGCCCAACCUUGGAGGUACCUGUGUCAAUGUCGGAUGCGUCCCGAAGAAGAUUAUGUGGCAUGCUGCCGACCUCGCAGACAAGAUCCGCCACGCCUCGUCAGGUUAUCACUUUGCUGGCCUCUCUGAGCCGGCUUUCGACUGGAAGACGUUCAAGCCCCAACGCGAUGCCUACAUCCGCAGGCUGAACAAGAUCUACGAGAACAACCUCGACAAAGAACAUGUAGACUACUACGCCGGCCGCGGGACUCUCAUUUCUCCCACCUCCGUCGAGGUCACCCCUCCCAGCGGCGAGAAGUACAUCCUGAAUGCCGACAAGAUCCUCCUCGCCACCGGCGGAAAGCCCACUAUCCCCAGCGACGACGAUAUUCCAGGCGCAAGCCUCGGUAUCGACUCGGACGGGUUCUUCGACCUCGAGGAGCAGCCCAAGCGCGUUGCCGUUGUCGGUGCUGGCUACAUUGCCGUGGAGCUUGCUGGUGUCCUACACACUCUCGGCUCGGAGACGCAUGUCAUCAUCCGUCACGACAGGGUUCUACGGACGUUCGAUCCUCUCCUGCAGGACACCCUUACUCCGUGGAUGGAGCACACCGGCAUCAAGGUCCACAAGAACAGCAAUGUCGUCAAGGUCGAAGGCCAAAAGGGGCAGACCCUUACUGUGCACAAGGCGGAUGGAAGCAAGGUCGAGGUUGACUGUCUGCUCUGGGCCAUCGGCCGUCACUCCGACAUUGCGGCCCUUGGGCUCGACAAGGUCGGCGUCGAGACGGACGCGAAGGGCAACGUCAAGACGGACGAGUGGCAGAAGUCGAACAUUGAUAACAUCUACUCCGUUGGUGACUUGACCGGCAAAUGGGAGCUCACUCCGGUGGCGAUCGCCGCCGGACGUCGCCUCUCGAACCGUCUUUUCGGCGGGGAGAAGUUCAAAAACGACAGGCUCAAGUAUGAGGACAUCCCUUCUGUUGUCUUUUCGCAUCCCACGAUCGGCACCGUUGGCUUGACCGAGCCGGAGGCCCGUAAGAAGUACGGUGACGAUAAGGUCAAGAUUUAUAAAUCGUCUUUCCGUAGCUUGUACUUCUCCCAGAUUGCCGAGGAGCACAAGGAGCCCACCGCCUACAAACUUGUCUGCGUUGGCGAAGAGGAGCGCGUCGUUGGGCUGCACAUCAUCGGCCAGGGUAGUGACGAGAUUCUUCAAGGGUUCUCAGUGGCAGUCAAGAUGGGCGCCACAAAACAGGAUUUCGACGAUACCGUCGCUAUUCAUCCCACUUCUUCGGAGGAGCUCGUUACUAUGCGGUAGAUCUCGUAGACCUUGGGAAUAGAAUUAACUGCGGGGAGGACGGGCCUCUCCGAUGUAUUUGUUAUCUGAAAACCUUGUUUUCUUCGAUGGCGUCCACGCCGC